AUGGACGCCAGAGUGGAAUGUGCUGUGCAGCAAAGGCAAGUCCUCUUUCUUUGUGUAUUUCUGGGAAUGUCCUGGGCUGCUGAAGAACCGCUAAUGUAUUUUGUGGAGGAGGAAGCUGAGAGAGGCACCUUUCUGGCCAACCUAGCGCAUGACCUGGGGUUGGGGGUGGAGGAACUAUCAGCCAGGGAGCCUAGAGUCAUUUCAGACCAGAAAAUAGGAUUUUUACUACUCGAUCCGCUUACAGGUGAUUUAUCUCUAAAUGAGAAAUUAGACCGAGAGGAACUGUGCGGCCUCAAAGAGCCUUGUGUGCUACCGUUCCAGCUGUUAAUGGAAAAGCCUUUUGAGAUUUUCCGUGCUAAAUUAUGGGUUAGAGAUAUCAAUGAUCAUUCUCCAGUAUUUUUGGAUAGAGAGAUUCCCUUGAAAAUAUUAGAAAGUACCACCCCAGGGGCGGCAUUUCUUCUACAAAGUGCACAGGAUUCAGAUAUAGGAACCAAUAACGUGAGAAACUACACCAUCAGCCCCAAUGCCUAUUUCCACAUUAGUGUUCAUAAUGGUGCAGAGGGGUUUAUCUAUCCUGAAUUGGUCCUGGAUAGACCGUUGGAUCGAGAAGAGGUGCCUGAACUCAGUUUAAUCCUCACCGCCUUGGAUGGUGGCUCUCCAGUCAGAUCCGGGACUACCCUGGUGCGCAUCCUGGUUUGGGACACAAAUGACAACGCGCCUGAAUUUGUACAGCCUCUCUACAAGGUGCAGUUGUGUGAGGAUAGCCCUGUGGGCUCUCUGGUUGUCACUGUCUCAGCUAGAGAUUUAGAUACGGGAAGUAAUGGGGAAAUAGUUUAUGCAUUUUUUUAUGCUACUGAAAGAAUUCUCAAAACAUUUCAAAUCAAUCCAACAUCCGGCAGUGUUUAUCUCAGAGCUGAAUUGAACUAUGAGGUAAUGCAAACUUACACAUUAACUAUUCAGGCCAAAGAUGGCGGAGGACUUUCAGGAAAAUGUACGGUGGUGGUUCAGGUAACAGAUAUAAACGACAAUCCACCAGAACUGCUCAUGUCAUCACUUACUAGCCCAAUUCAAGAAAAUUCACUUGAAACAGUCGUAGCUGUUUUUAGGAUUCUAGACAGAGAUUCGGGGAACAAUGCAAAGAUGGUGUGUUCUAUCCAAGACGAUCUCCCCUUCGUCCUGAAGCCAUCUGUAGAGAAUUACUACACCUUGGUAACCGACAGUCCACUGGACAGAGAGACCAGAGCCGAGUACAACAUCACCAUCACGGUCACAGACAUGGGAACCCCCAGACUGAAAACCGAGCACAACAUAACCGUGCUGGUGUCCGACGUCAACGACAACGCCCCCGCCUUCACCCAGACCUCCUACACCCUGUGGGUCCGCGAGAACAACAGCCCCGCCCUGCACAUCGGCAGCGUCAGCGCCACAGACACAGACGCGGGCGCCAACGCCCAGGUCACCUACUCGCUGCUGCCGCCCCCCGACCCGCUCGUGCCCCUCGCCUCCCUCGUGUCCAUCAACCCCGACAACGGCCACCUCUUCGCCCUCACGUCCCUGGACUACGAGGCCCUGCGGGCCUUCGAGUUCCGCGUGGGCGCCACCGACCGCGGCUCGCCGGCGCUCAGCAGCCAGGCGCUGGUGCGCGUGCUCGUGGCGGACGCCAACGACAACGCGCCCUUCGUGCUCUACCCGCUGCAGAACGCCUCGGCGCCCUGCACCGAGCUGGUGCCCAGGGCGGCCGAGCCGGGCUACCUGGUGACCAAGGUGGUGGCGGUGGACGGCGACGCGGGCCAGAACGCCUGGCUGUCGUACCAGCUGCUCAAGGCCACGGAGCCCGGGCUGUUCGGCGUGUGGGCGCACAACGGCGAGGUGCGCACGGCGCGGCUGCUGAGCGAGCGCGACGCGCCCAAGCAGCGGCUGGUGGUGCUGGUCAAGGACAACGGCGAGCCGCCGCUGUCGGCCAGCGUCACGCUGCACGUGCUGCUGGUGGACGGCUUCUCGCAGCCCUACCUGCCGCCCCCGGAAGCGGAAGCGGCGGCCGCGGCGCCGGCCGACCCGCUCACCGUCUACCUGGUGGUGGCCUUGGCGUCGGUGUCGUCGCUCUUCCUCUUCUCGGUGCUGGUGUUCGUGGCGGUGCGGCUGUGCAGGAGGGGCGGGGCGGGCUCGGCGGGUCGCUGCCCGGUGCCCGAGGGCCACUUCCCGGGCCACCUGGUGGACGUCAGCGGCACGGGGACCCUGUCGCAGAGCUACCAGUACGAGGUGUGUCUGAUGGGAGGCUAUGGUACUGGCGAGUUCAAAUUCUGA